UUUUUGAGUUCUUUCGAUUGCUGUUGAGCAACUUUAAUUGGAGCAGCAUUUGACGCUACCAAAAAACCAUCAAUCAGAGUUUGUCCAAAAAGGUGUCAUGUCGUAAAUUGAAAUCGAUUUGCAUACGAUUGACUUACUCUGCAAUUUGGCUAAGUGUGCAUCCAAAUGCGUGACAAGUUGGAGCAACUGCAACGCCUAUAAAAACCAACAGCAUAAAGAAAUCGUUGCAUAUUCAACUCGCGGAGUUAGUCAGAAGAACAGCAGCAUCAAAAGCAUUCACAAAAUCUCCCUCAAAAUGCAGCAAAUGAUCCUUCUUUUAUCACUGGCUUUGGUGGCGUCUGUGGUCGCCCAGGCGGCUGUGUUGCCCGCUCCUGUGCCCUAUACCAAUUUUCCUGUGGCGGCUCCUUUUGCUGCACCCGCUCCGUUGGCCGUUUCGAGCAGCCAGCGUCUGGAUUACUUUAACCAGUUCAAUGCCGCCUUUGCACCACCCGCUCGCUUGUUGGCCAGCCCAGCGGAUUUGGCCGGAUUUUCAACGAUUUUUGGCUUUCCAGCUGCGGCAGCUCGUUUUGGACAGCCUGCCAGAUUCAUUGCCGCAGCUCCAGCUCCCGCUCCACUCAUAUUUUAACUAAUUAGCGCCUGAACUUGCAAGCAAAUAUAUCUUAAGUAAAAUAAAAGCAAAAGUUGGU